AUGGGCUUCUUCAGCAAGCGCCCUCGUGAUGCUGGUCACUCAAACGGCCACGUCAACGGUCAUGCCAAUGGCCACAACGGCGCCAUGAACGGCCAUCACAGCAAAGCGGAGCCCUACACCAUGUCUCGCCGCCCCAGCUUCGGACAAUGGCUCAAGGGAACCCUCAUCGACAUCAUCACCAUGAUUUGCAUGGGUGCUCUAGGCCUUGGAAUCUACAUGGCACCUCCUGCUCCGAACCGUUCUUUCGCCGUAACCUUCGCUGACGGCGAGGUUGUCUAUCCUCAAUUCGCCUACCCUCUCCGCAACGAAAUCAUCCCAAUCUGGCUCGCUGCUUUCCUCGCCUCCGUUGUUCCCAUCUUCAUUAUCCUCCUCAUGCAGAUCCGCAUCCGCUCUUUCUGGGAUGUGAACAACGCCGUUAUUGGUCUCCUAUACUCCCUCAUCUGCGCCGCCGUCUUCCAAGUUUUCAUCAAGUUCCUUAUCGGAGGUCUUCGCCCCCAUUUCCUCGAGGCCUGCCAGCCCGAUCUUUCUCGGGUCACCGCCAGCCAAGGUGGCAUCGCCCGCUCUGGCUACAGCGCUGCCGGCUUCCAGGCCUUGUACGUGACCAAGGAGGUUUGCACAGGCGACAUGAAGGAGAUCAACGACUCCCUUGAGAGUUUCCCCAGCGGCCACACCACGGCAGCAUUUGCAGGCUUGGGAUACUUGUACCUCUACCUGAACGCCAAGUUUAAGGUGUUCUCCGACUACCACCCCGCUAUGUGGAAGCUCAUUAUCAUCUACAUCCCUAUUCUUGGCGCGGUUCUUAUUGGCGGUGCACUCACUAUCGACGAGUUCCACAACUGGUACGACAUUUUCGCUGGCGCUGCCAUUGGCAUUGUCUUUGCUUUCUCGUCUUACCGCAUGACCUACGCCUCCGUCUGGGACUUCCGCUACAACCAUAUCCCCCUGAACCGUGGCCAGGCUUUCUCCUACGGCCCUGAUGCUGAGCUGUACGACGCCGUCUUUACUCGCAAGGCCGGUUGGGGUGCUCGUGGAGGCGGUGGUUUCCUCCACCGUGAGAAGAACGGACACCACCACCACGGUGCUGCUACCGGUAUGAACGGCGCGAAUGGCUAUGAUGGGGGUAUGGUCGGUGCUCGCAAGCCUGUCGGUUCUGGAUCCAGAGCUCCUGACCAAAUGGUUUGA